UUUGCCAUUUCUCGCGACACUUCUCCGCCCUCUGUGGUUCUUGUUCCUUGACGCGGUGGUGACAUUGGCUUCAUUUUCCGGACCGUUGUUCUGGCUGUCGUGUUGCCGAACCGAGCGGAUCAUUAAUGAUAUCGAAAGGGAGAGUCCACGGUAAAGGUUCCAGGAUGUCGCUGGAGGUGCUGGCGGCGAGUGGCCUGAAGCAGUGCCAACAGGCCCAGGAUCAGCUGGAGGAUGCCAUCGGUGCCGUGAUGAAGGCGGAGCAGCAGCUGAGGGAGAAUGCCAGAGAGGUGCGCUCGGAGUUGCAGAGCUGCGUGAGCCGCCAGCAGGAGGCGCUGCGCUGCAGGGAGGUGUGGCUGCUGGGUCAGAUUGAGCUGCUCGAACAAGUGAAGACGGAAACUCUGCAACAGCAGCUGCACCAGCUGCACCGGCUCCGAGGUCAGUUUGACGUGAUCGCCUACCAGCUGCAGAGCUCCAGCAGCAACGACCUGAACAACCAGCUGACCAGCUGCAUGGAGAAGUUGUCCUCUCUGAGUCUCACUCCAGAGGAAACACCUGAGUUGAGUUUCCAUGCCGACUCUCGCUCUCUGAAGCAGGCCAUCACCUCAUUUGGCAGCAUCAACGCCCAGCUUGUGGAGGGUAUAUCCUCUCAGAGCUCCACCCACCUGAGACCUCAGGUGCAGAGUUGUCCAAUCACAGCGAAGAAGCAGCAGAUGGCUGAGCCCUCCUCUCUGAGCGAUUGGCUGCUAGAAUCUCAACCCGCCAACAGCUUCGCUCCCAUUGGCUAUCAGUCUAGCACAGACCCGCAGGAUUGGCUGCUGUCACAGAAGGAGAGUAAGACUUCCUGUCCCGUGAUGGCUUCCAUGAACUUCAUGAAAGCCUGGGGUCAGCUCAGGGACUUGGAGGCGUGGCUUAUUCAAGACCCCUCCCCCAACCGGGAGAGAAGCGUCAGCAGCUGUAGCUCCUCCUUCUCCAUCGAGAAGAUCGACGAAAUGGAGCUGUCCGCCGCAGCUGAGGAGGAGCUGAACGACUGGCUUGUUACCCCGCCUACUGCUGCCAUGGAGACCAUGUCGGACGCCGAACGUUGGCAGCGUGUCUUUAAGCCGUUUGAGGAAAGCUGGUCAACCGAUGAUUGGCUGUCGCCAGUGAGCCGUUCAAUCGGCGACUGCUCGUCGUGCUGUCAGACCAUCAGCGCAGUGGAGAUUGAAAACCUCGGCAAGCUCAAGUGCCUGAAGACCACGCCUACCUCAGGCACCACCUCGCCCACUUCUCCCGUCCCCGUGUCGAUGCCAGCGUCUCUGGAGGUGUGGUUGCAGAAGACGCCGCCGACGCUGCAGACCUGCCGCGCCAACGAGCUCUGCUCCGCCUACUCGGCCUGCGUCUGCGAGGAGAACUGCGGCAAGGAUGCGCUGAGCCGCUGGCUGCUGCAGCAGGAGGACCGCGACAAGAAUGGCGUCCCCAAGAACACCCCGCCCACUGCCAAGAGCGCCACGGCCACACCCUUCCACCGAGAGCAGGAACAGAAGGUUCAGGCCAUCCUGGAGGCGUGGCUCCACCCCAGCACCGGCUCCACUCCCUCCAGCUCUCCUCUGCAGGCUUUCACCUCCUCGCUCUCCGGCUGGGUGGCAGCUGAGGAGGAGAAGGCGAGCCGGGAGGAGAACGGUUCCUCCUCGUCUCUCUUCCAGAGCCCCCUGGAGACGGACCUGUGGCUAUUUCCACGGAAGAGCCCAGCGCCCGAUUCCGCAGUGCCGCCCCAGGAGGAGGAGGAAGAGGACAAGUGGCUGCUGAGGAAGAGGAGUCAAGCUCAGGAACGCCUCGCUGUGGCGCUGCCCACCAUGUGUGACCUGUUCUCUUGCAUGAAGGUGGGCGGAGACAAAGAGAAGUGGCUGCACAGAUCUCCCGUACAGAUGUGAUGAUGAUGACGACGAUGAUGCUUCUUCUUCUCUGGAGUCACUUUAUUGCUGAUCAGCGCACACGAUCUCAUCUGUCUAACCGUCGUCGCUGACGCCUUUUUCUCCUUUCUGUGACAUCAUCAUGCAGUGCCGCUACCCACCAUUGAUCGCCAGUCAGCAACAGCCUAAAGCCCCUUUCAGAUGUAGCUGGCCCCGCCCUUUGAUUAACGUGGCAGGAAGCAGGAUGUAGGACUCUGAAAGGGGCCUCAGCAGUUUCAUCAGGUGAAAGUUCAUAUGGCUACAGAGGGUGUGGUGAGACGUUUCAGCUUCUAAUCAAUAACCGAUCAGUCACAAAUCAAUAAUCAGCAUUUAGAGCUGCGAGUGUUUCGCUUAUUGUGGAAGAGAUGAGGGGGCAGGACUAUAUGGAAGAGUGCGUGGGGUGUAUUUUAAACAUAAAUUAGACUUUAUUUUAUAAUACGACUGAUGUCACUUCCUUUAACCACAUUUUUGUUUUUCUAAAACCUGCUGACAUCACAGAGACUCACUUCCUGUCUGGCCUGCAGGCUUCCAUCCUGUAACGUGGUUUGUUGGCAUAAGAGGGACUCGGUUUCCCAGAGUGCUUUGUUGGAAGAAGCUGUGCAGGCUGGUCACGUGACUCUGGUCAGCGAUUGGUGCUUUCCAUUGCAGCUCUCGUGUGAGGGGGCGGGCGUUAUCACAUAUAGCUGUGGUGUCAUCACUUUUUUUCCUGCUGUGAUUCUCUACAGUAAUAAAGUUUUCUGACAUCA